CGUUGGGUGAGUAUUGGAACCGAGGAGGUCUUGAUUGGAACACACAGGUGUUCUGUGGCCACACUGUGGGCUGGCCCUGUAGUGGUGAUGCGUUGAGGUGUUUUGCGUUGGUACUACGUAGUGCUAUCAAAAGAGACGCACGAUGUCGAAGAGCGUCAAGAAGCUCAAGUCGAUGAAGAAAGUGGUGGAGAAGGUGAUGCACACGACGCCCCUCAAGCUGUACGUGCCUGCGUGCAUGGCCAUGCCUGGUCCGCCGCUUGGUCCACAGCUCGGCCAGCGGGGCAUUAACAUCGCGCAUUUCUGCAAGGAAUUCAACGAGAAGACCAAAGAAAUCAAAGAAGGGGUGCCCAUUCCUUGCAAGAUCACGGUGAAGCCAGACCGCAGUUUUGACCUGGAGAUGUUGAAUCCUCCGAUCACAUACUUCGUGAAACAGGCCGCAGGCAUAGAUCGUGGAGCCAUGUCCCCGGGGAAGGAGACUGCUGGCUUAAUCACGCUGAAGCACGUCUACGAGAUAGCAAAGAUCAAGAGCCAGGACAGCAUCUACGACUGUGUGCCCCUGCAAGACAUCUGCAAGGAGGUAAUGUUGCUCGCCUACAGGUGCGGAGUCAAGGUUGUCAAGAGCCUUUCAGCUGAGGAAUACCGGGAGUUUCGUGAAGCUCGCGAACCUGUUGUCAAGGAGCAGCUUGCAGCUUUGGAAGAGAAGCGGCAGGCAAAGCUUUUGAGGACUGCAUCUUGAGUUUGUGUUGCCUGAAGGGCUUCGUAGUUUACAAACUGUGGUGUGUUUAGCUGUGAAGUGAUUGCAGCAAAUAAAAGAACAAAAUAAAGGACUGAUGCUGCUC